CCUUCUGCCACUCUUGAUUCUCCCUCACAUGUUGUCAAUGAUGUUAACCGUUCAAACACUUUUCAGCGUGGUUUGGGAACACAUGAAGCAAUUGCGCUUUCUAACGCCAUUGGUCAUUUUUGCGAAGGAGAGACUCAAUUCGAGAUAUGACACGAGUCCAUUGGACUUCUCCCACUUCCUCGAUCUGCUUAAAAUACUCAAUGAAAAUGUAUCUAAGGCAUCCAUCAGCCUUUCUGAUAGAAAAGUGAUACUUGAACUACUCAUACACGAUGCUCCCACACAUGGCUCAUUACAUUCCUUACUUCAAAUACAAGCUACGGCUGUGGUGCAGCAUGCGAUCUUACAACGUCCUGGUGCCGCGACAUCCCUUCUCAUCCGCACAGACGAGCUGCUCGACGUACCUCAGGCUGUAAUACGGCGUGCAGAUCCUGAGAAAUAUGGCGAUAAAGAUGUGCUGGCGAAAAACGCCCUUGUCAUUUCUGACAGCAAAGAUAACUUAUUCAAGUUUGGAACGGCCCCCGCAUCCGUGAUAGGGCUGAACUUCAGCUCCACUCACCCUGACUCUGGGAAAGGUUCCCCUGGAAAUGUCAGAAUCUGUGUACGUUGCGGAUCUAAAGCGGAGGUGCGGUGGCCGGACGAGAGAACUAGGGCUAACCUCAGAUUUGGGCCUAGAUGGGGGAAUCAUGAGGAUGAAUGGGAGCACAGUUGUCUGUGUGGCGGCAAAUGGGUAAGACUACGUACAUAGUUAUGCAACGUGUUUCAAGGGCCCUUUAAUGAGCGCAUCCUAUGACUUCAGAAGAUAUUGCUCAAUUAAUGAUGGCUUCGUUGUAGGCGAUCAUGCCAGCAAC